CUCCAGCUAUAAUGAGAACCUUCAUUGCUUUGGCGAUCGCGCUCCUUUGCGUCCACGCGGAGGCAUCCGGUAAUAAGCCAGUGUGGCCUGUGGUUCCAAAGUCCUGCGUAAAUGUCAACGUGACCGGAAUCUACUUGAUCAACCCUAAUCGUGGUUUCGGCCAGCCGUACGAAGUUUACUGCGAACAGGACUGGGUGAGUGGAGGAGAAAAUAGUGCCCCCGGAUGGUCUUGGGAAGGAGGAUGGAUCGUGAUCCAGAGACGGAUGGACGGCUGGACUCACUUCAACCGGAACUGGGAGGCCUAUGAGAACGGAUUCGGUGAUAUCGAGGGAGAGUUCUGGCUCGGUUUGAAAAAGAUCCAUCAACUCACCUAUGGACAGCGUUGGGAGCUCCGGAUCGUUCUGGAAGAUGUCCAGGGCUUGGUGAAGGAGGCCAGAUACAGCGACUUCGUGGUCGGUGAAUCGAGCGAUGCCUAUCGCUUGAAAAGUGUUGGAAACUACACCGGAACUGCUGGCGAUUCCCUAAGUGGCCUGGUCGAAAUGCCAUUCUCCACCAACGAUGUAGAUAACGAUCUGGUUCCGGAGUUCAACUGCGCCGAGAAGUAUUUGGGUGGAUGGUGGCAUCGCAGCUGUCAUGAUAGCAAUCUAAAUGGGUGGUACGUUAAGGAAAUCAAACCGGAAUGGAAAUGUGGAAUGGUCGUCUGCUGGAAGGGACUUGGCUGGCCUUAUAGCCCCCUGAAGAAUGUUCGCAUGAUGAUCCGCCCCUGGAAGAGAAAUUGGCCGGUGGUUCCUCAAUGGACGGAUUUGUAGAUCUGAACACUGUUUGUCACUGUCAUUUUGAAUGUUAGAGAACAUUUCGUAAUCAGUGCAGCUUUUCGAAACAGUUAUACUCAGAUAACAUGAAUAAAUUUAAUUUAUAAUUCAAAUUA